GACUUUGCAAAUAUUAGUGCUGUUAGUAUUUGUUUAAUUUGUUUUAUUAUAUUAAUAACAAAUAAAGUUAAUAAUAAUAGAAAUAUAUAGUGAGAAGAUAAAAUAUGUAUCGAAAUAGGUAAAAGUUUAGAUCGUGAUAAAUGCUUUAUAUGUCAAUAGGUAGUAUCGUUUUGAUUUUUCUUCGCUCGCUCGUUUUUUGUUUCAUUAUUUUUUUUUUGGGGGUAAUCAGUUUAUUUUGGUGAGAUUACUCAAUUUAAUUUGUUUGUUCAUGAAAGUUAUAUGAUUAUUUAUUUGGUUAUAGUGAAAUUAUUUUGGAAAAGUAUAUAAAAUACAACGGUAAAAGUGAGGUUAGGUUCUCAAAGUCGCAACUUCAAAGUAAAAAGUUUUAAAAGUUUUUUAUUAGUUUAUUUUUAGUAUUAUUAUUAUUGAAAUUAAAGUUAAUUGUUGAAAUAAUAGAAUUAUAAGAUAUUAAAAGUAGUGAUAGUAAAAGUAAAAUGAAAAGUGAAGUGUUAACAUUCGAGGAAACUUAAAAUCAACAGGAAAUCGAUGCAAAUUUCUAACAAUUAAAAUAUUCUAUCCUCGAUGGCUUGUGGUGUAACGAAUUUCAAAGAUAAGGGCGAAAGUAAAAAAAAAAGACUCGAAGGACCCAGAAUUCUUCAUAUUCAGAUUUUUUAGAACUCGGUCUAUUUUUACGAUUAUUUUUCACAUUUUCUGAAUGGAAAUUUAAUUUGAAAGUAGGGAUCUCCGAGGGCUAUUUAGUUUGAAAGAAAAUCGCCAUGAAGCUGAAAAUUCGUUAUUAAGGUUCCAAUGAUUCAGAAUGCUGACAAAUAAUAAUCCUGUGACAGCGUGGAGCACGUCUAUGGUGUCUACCGUUCCAGAUCCAGAAUUUGUCGAUGAGAUUGGAAAUAUAACAGUUCCAGCCGGACGAAGUGUAAAAUUGGGAUGUACAGUGAAAGAUCUAGGAACGUAUAAGGUGGCUUGGAUGCUCUUCGAUCAGAGUGCUAUUUUGACGGUACACAAUCACGUUAUUACGAGGAACCCAAGGAUAGCCGUGUCACACGAUAAGCACAGGACGUGGUAUCUUCAUAUCAACGAUGUGCAAGAGGACGACAAGGGAAAAUACAUGUGCCAGAUUAACACUGUCACUGCCAAAACGCAGUAUGGUUAUUUACAUGUUGUAGUGCCUCCGAAUAUUGACGAUUCGCAAAGUUCGUCCGAUGCAAUUGUACGAGAAGGUGCAAAUGUUUCACUAACGUGUAAAGCAACUGGAAGUCCAAUACCCAGCAUCCGUUGGAAACGAGAUGAUGGUUCAAAAAUUGCAAUCAAUAAAAGUUUAUCAGUGUCCGAAUUGGAAGGAAACACUUUAGAAAUGACCCGGAUAUCCAGGUUAGACAUGGGAGCUUAUCUCUGCAUAGCCAGUAAUGGAAUACCUCCAACUGUGAGCAAGCAGAUCAAAGUAUCAGUUGACUUUCCACCGAUGUUAUCUAUACCUCAUCAAUUGGUUGGUGUGCCCUUAGGAUAUUCUGUGACAUUGGAAUGUCACACGGAGGCGCAUCCAACGUCUUUAAAUUAUUGGACACGUGAAGAUGGUCUUAUGAUACAUGAAAAUAAGAAGUACAAAGUAACGUCCAUUCCUGAGAAACCUUCCUAUAAGACAAAUAUGACAUUAACUAUUUUCGAUAUUCAGAUGUCAGAUUACGGAAGCUACAAUUGUGUAGCAAAAAAUCCACGAGGAGAGACAGAUGGUACGAUUCGCAUUUAUGAGUCACCACCUCCAAGUACCAGUCCAAGUCCGCCCACUACUGACCUUUCAAAAAAAGAAUGGGAGGUUCUUACAGAAAUGAAUAAUUCUGUUUAUGGAAAUCCCAGCUCGUUGACAAUUCAAAAUGAUAAAAAGAAAGUCAGCAAGUCGCAGUCAAACUUAAAUGACAUUGGAAAAUCUGAACAGAAAUCUAAUGAAUUGGAGAGGAAGCGAAAAACUAAAUGGGACCCCGAGACUGCCGGUGCUGAGAAAUUGACAACGAGAGGAAUUUUAAUUGCACUGACACUUCUAAUUAUUGGAUUGAACCAGUAGGAAGUCACUUAUGCAGAAAAAAAGGUGCAAUUUUAAAUAAUUAUAAACUAUAAUUUUAACCAAAAAAAAAAUAAAAUUGAAGAAAAAAAAAUGAAAAGAAAAUAAAGACUGACAGGAGUAGUUAGUGCUGUUAAAAAGUUUACACUUUAUAACUUGUGCCAACAAAUGGAUUUCGUGAUACCAAUUGUGGACACUUGCAAAUUAUUUGCAGGAAUGAAAGAAAAUGUAUAUGUAUGCUUGAAAAUGAAAAUAAAAAUCUAAAUCUAAAUUAAUAAAAAGUGAAUAACCAAUUUUAAAUAUACGAUGUUCCACUAAUUUUUAAUUAUAUUAUUAUUCUUAUUAUAUUUCAUAGUUUAAGUAAAAAAAAAUUAAAAGAAAAUUUAGUAAAAAAAAAAAAAUACUAAAUUAAAUAGUAAUAAAGUAAAAAUUAGUGAAAAUUAGUAAUUUAUUUUUUACUAAUUCAGAUUUAGAGUGAGAGAGAAAGAGAGAGAGAGAGAAAUGGAUGAAUAUAAGCAAAGUGCAACGACUGUAGCCUUUAAUGUAAUAUAUUUCACAACUUGUAUGUCACAGCUAAAAGUGUAACUGUAAGAAUAUGAACAUCUGUGUGAGAUUGUUUGUAUGUAGGCAAUGAUCUUAAUUAAUCUGAGCUUUUCGUGUCGGUCUGCGGCAAAACAACUAGGUCACAUAGAAAUAAAGCUCACCAAUAUUUUAUCACUAUAAAAUCGUUUCUUCUCAUGUUAUUUAAUAAUUUAUUUUUUCUAUUUCUAUUUAUUUUGAAAUAUAUUUAUUUCUUUUUUUUAUAAUUCGAAUAAUUCGUCAUAAAUCUAUCUAAAAUUGUGCAAAUAAAUAAUUAUUAUUUAAAACGAAACUAUUUUAAAAGUUAUAAUUAAUUUUACGUCACUAUAAAUAAUAUUUCAAAAUUUAUAUUUUUUUUAUUUGUAAAUUAAUAUAAAAUAAAUCUAAUAUUAAUAAGAAAAAAGAAUUUAAUUUAUAAAAUUAAUUUUUCAUUUAGAAAGAAAAAGUUUCAAAUAUUUCUUAUUCUUGGCUUUAUUCAGUUAAAUUUUUUUUUUAAUUAGUAUUUAAAAAAAAAAGAAAACUAGAUUUUCAAAAAGGAGAAGAUAACGAAAGUAAGCAUAAAAUCUUUUAAAAGAGAUUUUUCAUGUUGUGAAAAGAAAUAUUAGUUUUUGAAAAAUUAUUUUUUUAAAAAUGUUUAUGCGCGUAUUUUUUUAUCUCGAAUGUAUUUAAAAGUCCCUUGUCUUUUUAUCCUCUAAAUAUGGAUGUUUAUAUUUGGAUAGAAAAAAAAGAAGACAAUUUGUUAUUAUCCUACUUUUUAAAUAAUAUAUAGAUAAAAAAAAGAAACUUAAAAAUAAAUUAAUGUUUCAAAUCCUGUAAGUGUCAAUCAAAAAAAAAAAAUUGCAAUUUAAAAAUGCAUUUGUUUUUUAUUUUAAACAUGUGCAUUUUAUUUUAAAAUUCAAAUUAUAAUCAAGGAAUCUAAUCUUUGCUACUUUUAACAAGAUUUUACAUUCAAUGUUUUAUUAUAUUGUAUAUCAAAAGUCGUGUAAUUUGUAUUUAGAUAAGUUAUUUUCUUUAUAGAGAAAUGUGUUAAAAUUUUUUUUCUUUUCUGAAAAGCACAAUCCAUCCUUUAUUUAGUGUCUUUCUUGAUACUCACUUUUCCCAACCCCUCAAUUUUUUUUUUUUUUUUUUUUUUAUCUUUCCCAUACCCUCUUUCUGAUUCUUCUGCUUGCAGAAUUGCAGAUCCCAUCUGGAUACUUCAGAUUAAAAUGUCAGAUUCGUUCGAAACGACGUUCAAGCAAGUAGGGGAUGAGUGAACACUGGGUCGAAUAUUAAAAAGUCGAAUAUUAUAAUUUGCAAACGUCUUCGAUUCGCAAUGACAUGAUCAUGGAAUGGGUCUUUUUGAUCAAGUUUUAAAGAUAAUGGAAAGAUUCAAAUUAUUUUCACACUUUGAAGAUCUUUUUGUUCUUUUUUUUCUACCGUAUAGGUAAUUGAAUAAAUAACUUUUAAUCAAUUACAGAGUUAAAAAUUUAUUGAUGUUGUUUUUUUAAUAUUACUCCACUUACACGAGAAUUUAAAUUAUAUUCUUUGGGUUUGAUUUGGGAGGUUUAAUUUUUCGAGAUUAAAAGCACUAAAGAUUCGGUACUUUUCACUUUGGAGCCAUUAAACUCUAUAAAGUUUGUAAUUUUAUAGGGCUUUAACUUUUCAUCCAACUUCAAAGUAAUCAAACAGGAAUUACAAAAAAAAAAAAGAAAAAAAAAAAAGUCAAAAAGUUUUUCUCUCUUUACACUUCAACAUUAAACAUUAAAAUCAAUGUUAUAAAAUUCUUCUAAAAAUCUUUCUUCACUAUAAAAAAAUAAAGUUUAAAAAGUUUUUUUGUUUUUCAAAAACAAGGUAUAAAAUUAUACGUAAAAAAAAAAAAACUAUCAAAAUAAAAAUAAAGUGAACAAUUAAUUAAACUUUUAUGUCUCGGCCAAAAACCUGUGAAAAAGUCUUUCAACCAUAUAAUAUGUAUUAUUCAACAUACAACCUUUUCAAGUGCAACAGGUUUCAGGCUCGAGACAAUACAAGAAUUUAAGGAUUUGCAAUGGAUUAAGAAGUAACAAUUUGGAUUUAGGGUUUAGAAAGAUCUACCAUCGAGAUUUUCAACUAUAGAAAUUGUAAUUAUCAAGAUUUGUUGCUUAUUUAAUGAUUUAAACUCCAGGCAAAAAAAAGACCCGUUAAUCGAAUAAAAAAUUAUUAUUUAAAUAAUAUUUUUUUUAAAAAUCCUUUUAUUUUUUAAAUUAAAAUUUAAUUUUUAUAAUUUUAUUAAAAAAAAUAAUAAAAUAUAGCGAAUAUUUGAUUAUAGAUUUAUUAUGCUUUUCGAAAAAGUAUUUUAAGAUUGUGCUAAUCGUAAAGUAAUGUUUUAAGUACCUUGUAAUCAGUUUGCGGAAAAUACGACGCAAUAAAAACGUGAUAAGAGAAAUAGAAGUUAAUGACAGAAUAAUACCAACCACAAAUUGUCAAAUUACACGACUUUAUACAUGCUUAAAGGGUAUAUAAAAAGUUAUUUUGUGUUUUAAUUGUGUACAGAUUAAAAUCAUUUAAUUUAUUAAUAAGGAACAUUUUUUUCUUUUUAAAAAAUUAAAUUAAACUAAAAAUAAAUAAAAAAAAACUGAUAAAUGUUUAACCUAAUUGAAAAAUGUGUAAUUAGGAAACUUUUUCUUACAAUUUAUUCGAAAAAAAAAAAAUAUUUUAAAUUCCAAACAGUAAUUAAAACAUUGAAUAGAUUAAAAACUAUUUUAUUCAAUUUUUAACUUUAAAUUAAUUUUGUUUUCUCAUAUCAGGAUUAAAAACUCGUUAUAAUAAUUAAUUCAGUGAAUUUUUAUAAAAAUUUAUUUCAUUUUUUAGGAAAUUAUUUUUUUUUUAUCGGUUCUCAAGAAAAGCUCAAACUUCCAAAUCGAAUUUUGGAAUAUUUGCAACUUCAUCGAAAAAAAAAAAAUAUAUAUAUAACGUAAAAUAUUGUUUUACGAAUUUACAAAAAAAAAAAAAUAAAAACACCAGUUUAAUAUAUUUGAAAGAAAAAAAAAGAAAGAAAAAGGCUUUUAAAAGAAUGCAAUUUAAAACAGUUUUUUGUAAAUAUGAGUAUAAAUAUGCGAAAUAUAAACUAAUUAUAAUAUUUAUAGAUUAGGGUUUAGCUGUAAGACAAUGAAAUAGCGAAUCCUAUUGCGAAUAUAUGAUGAUUAUUAUUACGAUUGUAAAGACAAAAAAAAAUGACGGUUAAAAUAAAAAAAAAAAAAAAGAAAAACCUCAGUGAAAAUAUUUUGACUCUAGUGUUAAGAAAAACGAAUUUGACCGUCUAGUCGUUAAAACACUAAUAUGGAACGAAUUAAUGCGAAGGUAUAUAUGUAUACAUAUAUAAAUAUAUGAAUAUUGUAUUAAAAUUCAUCGGGAGGUUAUUAAAAUAAUGAUAUCGCUAUAUUGUAUGUUAAACACGAUAUUAUUAUGAUUAUAUAAUAUUAUUACAACACCAUUAUGCUUUUGCGAUGUUGAGUUGAAUGUUGUUAACAAGAAUGAAAAAAAAGAAAGGACCUACAAAUAUGUAAUAAAAAAUUAAGAAAACUAAAA